AUGACUCAUUUUGUCGGAGGAGGGGUGGCUGGGACGAUCAGUGCGGCAGUGACGUGUCCUUUGGAAGUGGUCAAAACCCGACUACAGUCAUCGAUUGAAAAACCGAAGUUGUCGGUCGGCUGUCGCGUAGAUGUGAACGGUCACGGAUACCGCGUCAGCGGCAUCCGCACAGCGAUGGCUUUUCCCAAGCUGGCGCCGCUGAACUUCACACGAAACGUACUCGACCGCGUCCAGGUGUUUGACAACUACCGUCUUGCCUCCGCCACCAAGAGGUCGAUCAGUGAUAGGGUGCGUGGCAUGAAUCUUUUUAAGCACUUCCGCUACAUCAUUCACACCGAGGGUGUUGCCGCCCUUUGGAAGGGGCUUGGGCCUAUCCUCAUAGGCGUCGUUCCGUCGAGGGCAAUAUAUUUCUGCACAUACGGCAAUACGAAACGGUUGCUGAACGACCGGUGGACACCUAAUACUGUGCCCGUGCACAUGGCUUCGGCUGCGAGUGCAGGUUUUGUGACUUCAACGCUUUCAAACCCGAUAUGGAUGGUUAAGACAAGGUUGCAAUUGGACCAUGGAGUUGGACAGCGGAAAAUGAACGCCUGUGGUUGCGGUGUAACCGCGUCGUAUGCGGGCAUUUCAGAGACGAUGAUUCACUUCGUCACCUAUGAGUAUUUGAGGGACUGGUAUUUACGGCGGAGCUUGCGGACAUCGAAUGACGUUUGCGGUUCAGACUUUGCUGUUCUAAUGCUUUUUGGGGGAAUAGCUCGAAUGAUCGCUACCGUUAUCACAUAUCCUCAUGAGCUUGCUCGAACGAGACUUCGGGAAAAGGGCAACAAAUACACCGGUUUUUGCAACGUUCUCGUCCGUGUUUUUCACGAAGAGUCUUGGCGGGCGUGGUACAACGGCAUGGGCAUUCACCUAAUCAAGACCAUUCCGAACAGCGCCGUUCUGAUGGUUACCUAUGAACUGACCGUCUAUCUGUUGAAGCAGUGA